CAUGAUUCCGCCAAUACCACGUUACUCACUAUACGUUACCAGGUCCUCAUGAGCCCAGGCCGGCAGUGUUACAAGCUUCAUUAUAUAUACUAAUAGUUUGUUUAAACCACACCCAACCAAAGAUCACAGUCUUUACCAUUUAUUCUUCUCUCUACAGCAGACAGCUUCUGCAGUUCUGCUCAACAUGGAUUCCUUCUUUCUCGUUGCUCUAACCUUUGUCUUGAUCUUCCAUAUUCAUUUUGCUCAAGCAAAUCAACAACCUUCAACCGCCACCAUUUCACAAACAUAUAUUAUCCAUGUGAAUGGCCCAAAGGGUAAGACACUUGCUCAAUCAGAAGAUGUAGAGAGCUGGUAUAAUUCAUUCAUGCCACAAACUACUAUGAGCUCUGAGGAUCAACCACGAAUGAUUUAUUCAUACCGGAACGUCAUCAGUGGCUUUGCUGCAACACUCACUGAACAAGAGCUGAGAGAAGUGGAAAAAAAAGAUGGCUUUAUCUCUGCUCACCCCGAAAGGAUGCUGCAUCGUCAAACUACUCAUACCCCACAAUUUUUGGGGUUGGAGCGACAAAUGGGACUGUGGAAGGAAUCAAACUUUGGAAAGGGAGUAAUUGUUGGGGUGCUGGAUUCUGGAAUCACGCUUAAUCAUCCUUCAUUCAGUGAUGCAGGAAUGCCACCACCACCACCCAAAUGGAGAGGGAGAUGCGAGCUUAAUGGGACAGCAUGUAACAAUAAACUAAUCGGAGCAAGGUCUUUCAACCUCGCUUCAGGGACAACGAAAGAAACAGUGACACCAAUUGAUGAAGAUGGACAUGGGACUCACACAGCGAGCACUGCAGCUGGUGCUUUUGUUGAUAAUGCAGAAGUACUAGGAAACGCCAAAGGUACAGCAGCAGGGAUUGCCCCUCACGCUCACCUGGCAAUAUACAGAGUAUGUUUUGGAGAAGACUGCCCAGAAAGCAGUGUAUUGGCCGCAUUGGAUGCAGCUGUGGAGGAUGGCGUGGACGUAAUAUCAAUAUCCCUUGGUCUAAACGAGCCACCUCCCUUUUUCAAUGAUAGCACCGCAAUAGGCACAUUUGCAGCAAUGCAGAAGGGAAUCUUUGUAAGUUGUUCGGCAGGGAACUCUGGUCCCGUUCACGGCUCCUUGGUUAAUGGCGCUCCUUGGAUCCUCACAGUCGGAGCAAGCAAUAUUGACAGAAGCAUUGUAGCAACAGCCAAGCUAGGAAAUGGACAAGAAUUUGAUGGGGAAUCUGUUUUCCAGCCUUCCGACUUUUCUCCAACACCGCUGUUCCUAACAUAUGCUGGAAAGAAUGGCAAACAACAAGCUGCCUUAUGUGCCAAUGGAUCCUUGAAUGAUGUUGAUUUUAGAGGCAAGGUUGUUUUGUGUGAGAGAGGAGGGGGGAUAGGAAGAAUCGCCAAAGGAGAGGAAGUUAAAAGAGCAGGUGGUACAGCCAUGAUUCUGAUGAAUGAUGAAAGAAAUGGUUUCAGUCUCUCAGCUGAUGUGCAUGUUCUACCAGCAACACAUGUAAGCUAUGAUGCUGGACUUAAGAUUAAAGCCUAUAUAAAUUCAACUGAAACACCUACAGCUACCAUUUUAUUCAAGGGAACUGUAAUAGGAAACUCCCUAUCUCCGGCCGUUUCAUCCUUCUCUUCAAGAGGUCCCAACUUGCCCAGUCCUGGUAUUUUGAAACCAGACAUCAUAGGACCAGGCGUCAACAUCCUAGCUGCCUGGCCAUUCCCCCUUAACAACAGUACUGAUUCAAAAUCCACUUUCAACAUCAUGUCCGGCACAUCAAUGUCAUGCCCACAUCUUAGUGGCGUAGCCGCUUUGCUCAAAAGCUCUCAUCCUGACUGGUCACCAGCUGCCAUAAAGUCUGCCAUAAUGACUUCUGCAGACAUAAUCAACCUUGAAAAGAAACUCAUUGUUGAUGAAACACUUCACACAGCAGAUGUCUUUGCCGCAGGUUCUGGCCACGUGAGUCCCUCAAGAGCAAAUGACCCUGGGUUAGUUUAUGAUAUCACGCCUGAUGAUUAUAUACCUUAUCUCUGUGGUUUAGGCUACAGCGAUACAGAGGUUGGGAUCAUUGCACAUAAAACAAUUAAGUGCUCUGAGACUUCAAGCAUUCUCGAAGGAGAGCUCAACUAUCCCUCGUUUUCUGUGGUGCUUGGUUCCCCAAAAACAUUCACAAGGACUGUAACAAAUGUAGGUGAGGCCAACUCGUGUUAUGUUGUCCAUGUUACAGCGCCAGAAGGGGUCAAUGUGAAGGUCCAGCCAAAUAUACUGAACUUUUCAGAAGCAAACCAGAAACAGAAAUAUUCAGUGUCAUUCAGCCGUAUAGAUUCGGGUAAUGAAACUGCGGAAUAUGCUCAAGGGUUUUUACAAUGGGUCUCUGUGAAACACACUGUAAGGAGUCCGAUCUUAGUCAACUUUGUGUAAGACAACAACGUUAGCAGGCACCAACAGUACUACAAUGGGACGAGUGUAAUAUUCCAACAAUAAGCUUCAACUUGUAUUAAGUGGCAAACCUAAAUCAUACGACAGUUUUUUUUUCUAGUA